AAUUGUCAGUUGUGGAGUGUGGACUGUGGUUUUUUACUUUUCAAUUGUGUGAACUGUGAUGGUGUAAGAAAGAUAAAUAAUCCAAACAAGUAAAUAAUAAAACUAUAAUUGUAGUUUUGUUUAGUAUUGUUUAAUAGACUGUGGAGGUCUGUCCGUUUCUUUGUAAUUUAGUUUGGUUGUAGUAAAAGUCUUAGGUCUCAACAGAAAUAGUGCACACGAUUGUCUCUUUAAAAUAAUCCUUAAAAUGGCGGGUGUAUUGUUUGAAGACAUAUUUAAUGUAAAAGAUAUGGAUCCAGAGGGAAAGAAGUUUGACAGAGUUAGUAGACUGCAUUGUGAGUCAGAAUCAUUCAAAAUGGAUCUGAUAUUAGACAUAAACUCAUGGAUAUAUCCAAUGGAACUGGGUGAUAAGUUUCGCUUAGUGUUAGCCACUACACUCAGAGAGAACGGGUACCCAGAUGGUGGGGAAUGGAAUCCUCUGGAGACGGAAGGAAAUCGGGCAGAUAGUUUUGAGUAUGUCAUGUAUGGGAAGGUUUACAGGAUAGAUGGAGAUGAAAUUGCUAUAGAAUCUGCAACAAGAUUGUCGGCAUAUGUUUCAUUUGGUGGUCUCCUAAUGAGGCUACAAGGAGAUGCAAAUAAUUUACACGGCUUUGAAGUGGAUCAACAGAUGUAUUUAUUGAUGAAGAAAUUAGCAUUCUAGACCUAUCAGCAAUAUAUCUUAUAUCCCAGGUUUACGGGUUUUACAUUGUGCUACACCCUAGAUUGUUUUAUACAAUGAAACAGCUGAAGUUAUACAUGGUGAAUUAUUCAAUGGAUGACGAAAUCCGUCACUAUGUGGAAUAGCAAAAAGUUUUUGAAUUAGUCUCAGGCCCAAUUUUGAUAAAAAUGAAAAUCAUUACUUUCCAGACUUUACUCUUAUUAGCGACUGGCUAGGAAUCAGCAUUCGGAACCAUUUGAUAAUUAUGUAAUACAUAUGAUGUACGAUGGUUAACUACUAUUGUAAGCAGAUUUUAUGAUAAUUUCCAUUAUAAUGCAACAUGUUUUUUACAGUCAGCGCCACCUAUUGGUUCAUUUCUUAGGAACAUAUCACGAACAUGUCAUGCUGCUUCAUAGCACAAGUCUUUUAUUGGUUGCUUUUAUCUGCCAAUCAGGGAUCAAUAUAGUCCACAGAGUACUUACACUUGAAAAUAUUGUCGACAAUGUGAUUUGUUUCAAUUCCAUGUUUCAUAUGUUUUUUUAUUGUAUUCAAGUAAUGCAAAUAUAUGAUAAUUUUACGGCCCUGGUAUGAUAGCUGUCUGGCCUCAGGUUUAAUUUUUAACAAAAUCGGGCCCGAGACUCUUUUAAGUACCUAUUGCUUAUUCCUCUUAGUUUCAUAUUUAGCCAUCCACACUCAAAUGAAAAAUUCACCCUGUAUUGUCUCUGUUAUAGGCAGAUGAUCCUAACCUCAAAAACCCGCAUAAAAAUAAUGUAAGCAAUCAGUGAUUAAAUUUACCUUCAGUUGUUGUAAAAGAUUUUAAAGCAUAUAAUAUUCUGAUAUGAGGAAUGCAACAGAAUUUGUAAUAUUUUAAUAAAAAAUUCAGACUGUU